AUGUUCGCUCAUGCACCCAACGUCAUGCUCAUCGAGAAGAAGUUUGCCAUCAUGUGUCUGCUCAUGAGGAAUGCACCCAUUGCCACGAAGUACGCAUACUGCUCCACAGAGACGUGGAACAAGUUCAACACAGAGAUUAUCGCUGACAAGUACAAGACGUUCCAAAACAUGCUUCCUGGUUGGUACGUCAUCCCGGAAGAGAACUUCCAACUUCAAGCUGAGGUCGCCUUCGUCGGUGUUAUCGGCUCCAGAGCACAGCGCAGAGAGAUUACCGUGAAGUUUCUUCCAUGGCCGCGGAGUGAAUACGAUUUGCUCUCGAUGCGCAAACGUGUGGAUGUAUCAAGCAAGACUAUGUUCUUCGCUCCUACAGGAGAACUUCUCCGACCCAAUUCUCGCACUCGAAAAGCCGCGCGGCGGCGAAUUGCCGCCUGGUCGAAGAUGGAGGAUCCAAAUGGCGAUCACAAAGCCGUCAGCAUGGAGAUGACCAGGGACAAGUUGGAGGCGGACUCGGCGAGAUCGAUCGGCAAGCUGAGAACUGCUUUACAAUCUGGACAAUCCGAACGGCCAACCUCGCCGCGCGAAGAGACGAAAGAAAAGAGCUCGAAGGACCUGAAGCUGGAGGAGAAAGAAGAACAGGAGCGCUUGAAGCAGGAGCAGCUGGAGAGAGAAAGGAGGCUCUUCAAGACAGCCGAAGUUGGUGGUGAGGUCAGUAUUGAGGAAUUGUUCCUCUACUUCCUUCGUGCGAUCCAGCGAAGUGAAAAGGUGGUUGUUCCUCCUUGUAUCAGAAUGAACCUGAUCCUCACCUUGAUCGCAAUCUUCAUUCCUUCCUUCCUGCGCUUGCGCAACACGGGCUGGUUCCUAGGCCCAGAUACGGCAUCGGCGAUACUGGUGGUGGGCUUUUGGCCAUCCAACUUUCUCUGCAUGUUAUCUUCCUUAAGUUUUAUCGCCGUCGGCGGCGUGGACAUGUGGAGACGCCGAUGUUUGAUGCGCAGCUGCGCUGCAAUGCUUUCCGUGUCGCGAGAGUUUCGACGCCAUUGUCCUGCGGAGGUGGACAUGCUCCCUGUCCUUGAUCUCUCUGACGUCAACACAGUUGCCGGCUGGCGCAAGCUGCGGCAGCUGUGCACCGAGUGGGGCAAAUUCUAUCACCUUCGAGUGCGGGCAUUCUCGGCCGAGUUCUUCUUCUUCCUGCUUGUCAUUCUUGCUGACAUCCUGGCCGGCAUGCUGAUCCAGGACUACACCGAGUUCAGUGGAGUGAAUUUGGCCUCGCUUGUCGUGACCGGCACCGUCAGCAUAUCUCUGAUGGUCUCCAUCUUCGUGCUGGUCUACCUGGGAAACGAGGUGAAUCAGUCGGCCGAGCGUCAUCGCUUCUUGCUGCACCGAUCACGGACCCUCAUGACAAGUAUGAGAUACAGAACGAGCACCUGCAUGAUGCCCAUGAUGUCGCAAGCAAUCACUGGUGUCAUGCCACCUGAUCCAACUCCAACGGAGCUGGAGCAAGCUUCCGAACUCAUCAGCUGCCUUG